AUGUCUUCUAAAGACCUCUCACUCGAGGAGCUCAAGGAUGUGCAAAAGCAGCUCUCCAAGCUCGCAACCUCGUCCGACUCGGAAGCCAUCCUCUCGCUGUUUGCCAAGCUGAAAUCCGGCCUAUCGGCACCGACGGAAGAUGUCAUCCGUCAAAGUAAGAUCGGAGUGGCGGUGGGAAAGAUGCGGUCGCACUCGGACAAAAAGGUCGCAGACCAAGCAAAGUCGUUGGUCAAAGACUGGAAGGCCAUCGUGGACAAGCAAAGGGCGCAGUCGUCUACAACCAGCAGCAAAGCGUCCUCUUCCACUGCAUCGCCUGCUCCUACAUCCUCCAAAACAGACAGUGCCGCCAACGGAAACGGCACAGCGUCGGCGUCACCAUCAUCCACACCUUCAGCAGCAACCAAACCAGCGUCCUCCACCACCAAAAUCGACUUCGAGAUUCUCAACGACAAGGUACGCAAUGCAUGUCUCAAGCUCCUCUACCAAUCGCUCGAAAUCGGCAAGGAGACACACGGCUGGAACGACUCUCAGAUCUUUGAUGCGGCCGUCUCGGUCGAAGCAGCCAUCCUCUCCAACCAAGGCAAAGGCUCCGUCACCGCCGACUACCGAAACAAAGUGCGUAGCCUUUCGCUCAACAUCAAGGACAAGAACAACCCGGAUCUUCGCGCACGCGUCGUCGAAGGCGACAUCGCAGCGGACAAGCUCGUCACCAUGACCAACGAGGAGCUGGCGAGCGAUAAGCGGAAACGAGAGAUCGAAGAGCUGCAGAUGCAGAAUCUCUUCAAGGCCAAAGGAGCGGCUGCGCAGGAGGCGGAAACCGACGCGUUCCAGUGCGGAAGGUGCAAGCAGAGGAAGACGAGGUAUUAUCAGAUGCAGACAAGGUCGGCCGACGAACCGAUGACGACGUUUGUCACUUGCACCAAUUGCAACCACAAGUGGAAGUUCUGUUGA